AUGGCCAAGUGGCUCCGGGAGUACCUGGGCCGGGGGGCCCGGCGCUCCCCCCCCCGCCCGCCACAGCCCGACUACAGCGGUACCGGUACCGGGGGUCCCCCCGGAGCCCCCCCCGCCCUCCGCGGCCCCGCAGCCUCCCCCCGGCACCGCCUGGUGCGGGGCCCUGGUGAGAGCGAGUACUCGGAGCCCUUCGAGGGGGAGCAGGACCCCGCGCCCGACGGCGGCUGCGAGGACGAGCCCCCAGGGUGCCCGCGGCAGGGCGAGGGCCGGCGGGGGAGGCCCCGGCGGGGACCGCAACUCUACGACACCCCCUCCGAGGAGUGGGAGGCGGCCGGGGAGGGUCCGGGGGGGCCCCCGGCCCGGGAGAGCCGCCUGCCCCGCGACGACGAGCGCCCGGCGGACGAGUACGACCAGCCCUGGGAGUGGAAGAAGGAUCACAUCUCCCGGGCGUUCGCAGUGCAGUUUGAGAGCCCUGAGCGCUCGCCCAGCCUGUCCCGGCAGCUGCCACGGCCCCCCCGGGCCCCCCCGGGCACCAGGCCGGGCUGCCCCCCCAGCCCCCGGCACGUGGACACCUCGCUGCCCCUGGAGAAGCAGGCGUGGUACCACGGCCCCAUCGGGCGGGCGGGCGCCGAGACGCUGCUGGCGCUGUGCCGCGAGGGCAGCUUCCUGGUGCGGGACUGCGAGACCAGCCCCGACGACUACUCGCUGUCCCUGCGGAGCAGCCACGGCUUCGUGCACGUGAAGCUCACGAGGACGCGGGAGCAGCACUUCACCCUGGGCCGCGCCGGCGCCGCCUUCCCGUCGGUGCCCGCGGCCGUGCGGCACUACACGGCCCGGGCACUGCCCGUGCGGGGGGCACGGCACAUGGCCCUGCUGUACCCCGUGGCCGUGCAGCCCCCGUGACCCCCCGGGACAGCCCCGGUACCCCAAUAAAGCCCCGGCACCCCA